GGAAGCGGCGGCUUGGGCGCGUCCGGACGGUCGGAAAAGCGAGCUCUCUGAUUGGCUGCAGAUGACCGCCCAACCGGAAAUGACGUGGCAGGCUUCCCUGGCACCCGCCCUUAAGAAAACUUCCGCCGAUGUAGUUAGAGCCUACCGACUGUCACUCGCCCAAGGACAAGCUCAAAAAGCCAACGGAGAGUUCAUGGUAAAAACUGAAGCCGAAGCAUGGACGUCCAGGAAGCUGCAACUUAUGGACGAUGCGAUGCCAGAGGCAGAGGCUCACAACAGAAGGUGGCGGUGCCUGGCAGCAGCACCCAGGUUCCACUACGCAGAUAUGUCCGGCGGUGGAGAGGAACCUGACAACCGGUACCGAAUGCAGAACCUGGGCAACUUUUUCCCGGGCCUGGACGAGGCCGGCCUGAUGGGACGUGCCGAAGCCCUCGUUGAUAUCAGCAAACACUCACCCAGCACCGGCACAGGCCUGCCCAUCAAGCACGACGUCAUGUACCAUGCCAUGGGACCUCCAGGACCCGGAGGACCUGCAGGAGGUCCGACACCACGCUCAGGUCCUCCACACCACCACCAAAUGAGUCACCAUCCAUCAGCCAUGGAAGGCAUGGACCUCCUCGACCCAUUAUGCGCCUCCUCUCUACCGGGAGGUCCCUUAUCUAUGAACGGCCCCGGCGGCGUCCCCAGCGAUCCUGGAGGUGUCCCGUCGCACCAACUCCCCCUUUAUAGCAUGGGAGGGUUCGGUGGGGGUGUGGGUUCCGUCGGUGUUCACGACUCCGACUCCGACCCUAGAGAACUGGAGGCGUUCGCUGAGCGUUUCAAGCAAAGAAGGAUCAAACUCGGCGUGACCCAAGCGGACGUCGGAAGGGCUUUGGCUAACCUCAAGCUCCCUGGAGUGGGAUCGCUGUCACAGAGUACGAUCUGCAGGUUCGAGUCGCUCACGCUGUCGCAUAACAACAUGGUGGCGUUGAAGCCCAUCCUGGGAGCAUGGCUGGAAGCAGCUGAGGCGCAAGCCAAGAACAAAAGGGCUGAUCCUGAUUUACCUGGAGUCUUGCCGGCGGGGGAGAAGAAAAGAAAGAGAACCUCUAUCGCUGCUCCCGAGAAGAGAUCUCUGGAGGCGUACUUCGCCGUUCAGCCGAGGCCGUCGGGUGAGAAGAUAGCAGCCAUCGCUGAAAAGCUGGACUUGAAGAAGAACGUGGUCCGUGUGUGGUUCUGCAAUCAGAGGCAGAAGCAGAAACGGAUGAAGUAUUCAGCGGUGCAGCACUAGCCUUCGUGUGACUCGUCCUCGUUCCCUCUGGAUGCGACUACGUCGUCAAACGUGGAGCAAGUGCGGUGGUGACCUGCUUUCUGCUCAGUUGCCGACCCAUUGCUGAAGAACUGCUGAAGAGAGUAGCGCUCGUCAAACCACGCGAAACCAAGUGCGGAAAAAGUGCGACGAAAAGUUGCUGACAAACUGCUGAAGAACUGCUGACAACAACCGUGAUGCAAGUACGUGCGGCGAUGACGUACAGCGGAGGUCAAGCGCGUCGCUAAGCGUUGUAGUAAGUUCUCUCCUGCACAGCUGCUGAAAACAUGCUGAGGCGUAGUGAAAUGAUGCGGUGACCUGUCUCCUACUCAGCUGCCGAAAAGUCGGUGAAGCGCAGCAGCUGUACGCCGACUCGGCCUGUGACUGAUGGAACGAGAUGCCGCAUUGAGAGCACACUUCGCUUCUGGUGAUACUACUCCAAGUGUUGGUUAAAUAUUGUCACCUCCUUAAGUUCAAAAACUUGACUGUGGCGACGACGUGGGUGAUUGCGAUAUGGUUGUUGACUGUAAGGGAAGCAAAAUACGACUUCUCGACUUGAAUGUGCAAUAUGGUGCUACGGUCACAGGAAGAGACACUAACCUGUCGAUGCGCUGGACGCGAUGGACGCGAUGAAAUCCUGUCUUUUCGUGACUUCAGAUUUGAAGGCAAACAGAGCAAAACCUGGUUCGAGAAAUGACGGCCAUGCGACGUGGAGUCAGCAAUUUAUCAUUCAUCCUUGUGGGGUGUGCAAAAAUGGUGGACAAGGACUCUCUCAUAUCUAAUUACACUAAAACAAGUUACUCGAAGUAUUCGAAGAAUGCAGGAACGCGUUAGGCAGGUGGUGUUCCUCAGAAGAUUUACGCUGUAGCGCUCCAGAUGUCAGGGAAUCAUAGCCUACAGACAGGCAUGACCGAAGACGUGUGAUCCAGAAGCAGUUCCGUUCGGCUCACAUCGCAACCCCCCGAACGCUUCCGUCUUUUAAGUGUCCAUCCAAGCGGGGAAACAUAUUUCUCUCGCUCCAGUGUUCCGACGAGACAUUCCCUCGAAGACUCUUUGAAGAAGUCGCAAGACUUCACGAGCUGGUGCGUGGUUCCAAAAGAAGAAACAUUUACGAGGCCAUUGUGCGCGCGUGUGUGUGUCUAUACGUGCGCGAAUUCCCCGUGUACGUAUAUCCUCCUCCCACUGUUUGUGGUCAAUGAGCAACCAUGAAUUUCGGCAACAUAUCAUUGCGGCGAAGCUGCCUUGUCGGCCCUCGUCGAAGCACCCGUUGAGAUUCGAAAGCAUUGGUUCCUUGUCUUCUCUGUUACUGACGGCGCUCGAUUUUUUUUUUUUUCAGAGCUAAGUUAUUUUCUAUACCGUACGUUAAUAUCUCACGGCAAAUAUUUAUAUUGAGAAGGCUGGGUAUUCUUUGUUCAUCCGUGUGAUACCUAAAUUAUUGUCACGAACUUUGCUCGAAAUUCUUCGAGUCUUAAGUCUAGUAGGAAAGGGUGUGAUUAAGAGGCCCGUUGGCUGCGAGUCAUGUACAUAAGUUGCGAAGACGUUCAA